UUGUGUGACUGAGUGCACGAGUCUGUUGUGUAUACGGAUUAGAGGCUUACUUCAGACCUGCUCGAACCUGCGAAGGCUCAGACCACCCACAUACUGCUCCAUAAUGGCCAACCCCCUUGCUCUUGAAAAUGUCUGGCUGCAACAGCAAAAGUUUGAGGAUGCCAAUAGCCUGUACAUCCGUCUUCAGUCUGGUACCCUUAACUCUUCACAGCAAGCCAGCAGUUCACUGGCUGGCGAGAUAGCCCAAGUGAGACAAGAUAUACAGAAAGCUUUAAAUAAACAGCCAGGGUCGGCAGGAGGCAGUGGUGGAGACGCCUCUGUCUACAGUCGGCUGGAUGCCUUAGAGAAAGAGAACCGGGAACUCAGGAAAAUCACUGAUGAACUCCGUGCCCUCAUCCUCAACGCCCAGUCCUCUGGGUCGGCCCCUGCCCCAGCACAGAGCAAACCAGCCCCACCUCCAGCGGCAGCGCCAGCUGAUGCAGAUGAUGAUGAUGAUGACGAUGUUGAUCUGUUUGGAAGUGAUGAUGAAGACACAAUAGCCCUGAAAGAUAAACGCUUGAAAGAAUACGCAGAAAAGAAAGCAAAGAAACCGGGUGUGAUCGCCAAGUCUAACGUUGUCCUUGAUGUGAAGCCUUGGGAUGACGAGACAGACAUGGCGGAGAUGGAGAAGAGAGUCCGUGCCAUUGAACAGGAUGGGCUUCUCUGGGGAGCUUCCAAGUUGACAGAGGUUGGCUAUGGCAUCAAGAAGUUGACCAUUAUGUGUGUAGUGGAGGAUGAUAAAGUCGGCAUUGACGAUCUGUCUGAGAAAAUCACAGACGAGAACGAGGAUCUGGUCCAAAGCGUGGAUGUAGCAGCCUUCAACAAGAUCUAGGCCUUCCUCUUCAACUUCGUCCACUCGUUGACUUAGCAAAUAAAACAUCUAAUUUAUAUACUCAAAAA